AUGCCCCGAGCUGGUUUCUACAUUUUAAUUUAUAUAAUUUACGAGGGAUUUAAGUUAACAGAUAAUAGACAAACCAAUUGCAGCGAAUUGCAAAGUCUACAAGUCUGUGACACAAAGUUAUGCUGUUUCCUCUGCGAAUGGAAUAGUCAGGAUAGAGAUGCUCAAACUGUUAAAAAAGAGCAGGUUGGCAACUCAUCCUCAUCAUGCAGUGGGCGACAUGUCUUGAAUGCAACAUCAGGAGUUGUGUCUGAUGGGGCCGGAGAUUAUAAACAAAACAUGCGAUGCGAGUGGCUAAUCAUUGCUAAACCUGAGCACUACAUCAUGCUUGAGUUCUCUCUGAUGUCAACAGAAUGCAUAUAUGACUACCUGAUGGUAUACGAUGGCAACUCUUACAAUUCACCUGUCAUAGCCACACUGAGUGGAGUCAUCUCUCCAAGUCCAAUCAUUGCCAGAUCUGGAUAUAUGCUGAUAUUUUUCUUGAGUGAUACAAACUACGGACUUGAAGGCUUCAAAGCAGUGUACCAUGUCACUCGUUGUCCAUUCAAUUGUUCCAACUCUGGUUUAUGUGAUGAACAGACAGGUGCAUGUAGGUGUCAGCAGGGCUUCAAAGGUUAUGCCUGCCAACUACCCCUCUGUCCAAACAUGUGUGGCCAGAGUGCUCAUAAAGGUUUCUGCACUGAAGAUGGCUGCCGAUGCUCACCUGGAUGGCAUGGAGAUGAUUGUGGAGUUCAUAUACCUUCAUAUUCGCCAUUAACAUCCUCAUCUUCAUCGUCUCCAUUGUUGGGUUGGAGUUUGUUUAGUAGGAGUGAUUAUGUCAAAAGAUCUGGUCACACAAGUGUUUAUGUACCUUUAUUGGAGCAGCUCUUCCUAUUUGGAGGAUUCGACUUUAUAGCAGCAUCUAAUGAGUUGAUUAUUUAUGAUCUUAACACUAAUUCCUGGAGGAAGAUAGAAAAUGAUUUGGAUAUCAAUUCCUCAUCUUCAUCAUCACCACAACCAUCAUCAUCUUCAUCAUCCUCAUCACUACCAUCAUCAUCAGCAGCAAAUGCAAUUUCAUGGCCAGCAGGUCGAUUUGAUCACACGAUGUCCUUACUGGCAGGUCGGUUCUUCAUUAUCUUUGGAGGUGCCAUUAACUCUCACGACUGUUUGAAUGAUAUGUGGGUGUUUGAUGUGCUCGACCACAAAUGGACUGAGGUACAUUUCAUCAAUGAACCAUUUGAAAAACCUCCACCAUUAUUUGGUCAUGCCAUGGUUAUUGUGAAUGACAAAUACAUUUACGUUCAUGGUGGUAAAUCCAAUAAAGGAUCGGUGUUGUCUGAUGUUUGGAGGUAUGAUGUUUCUUCUAUAGUGCAAUGGUUUCGUAAUAAAAGCAACAAAUUUCCUGUUUUAAAAUGGGAAAAAUUGCCAGCCAGAGGAGGCAUCCUAGCCAAUCACAGAUUAGUAGGUCACUCUAUGGUAUAUGACCCAGUUUCUAGGUUUCUCGUUAUUUUCGGUGGCUUAACUGAUGACAAUUCCCGGUUUACAAAAAGAGUUUCGAACAUUGUCGUAUACAAAGUAGAUGAAAACAUGUGGAUGGAUUUGAAUUCAACGCUGGAUGCUCCAAGCGUUCGAGCAUACCACAGGUCAGUGAUCGUUGACCGGUACAUGGUGGUGGUUGGUGGCAACAUUCAUCAGCAUCAAGUGGUCGAACAGUGUUUCGAUGACGCCAUCUACUUCUUACACCUGGAUUGCUGGAAGUGGACCAGCAGACAGCCUCUCAACGAAAAUGUGGCCAAUGCAUCAGGUUCGAUGACAAGGAGGUGCUCUCACGCUCUGGCAGUCAUUGAUGAUGUCAUCAUGGUAGUUGGUGGAUUCAGAGGAACAUUGGAGGAUUCUGUGUAUGCGUAUGUCAUGCCUCCAACUAUGUUUGCCAGCCAUGCCAACUCUCAAUUUGACGACACUCUUCAAAACUCAUCUGCUCCUGAUGGAACUGCUCUUCUAACAACUCCAUCAGAGGUGGUUGACGAGUGUUCGAGGUACCUCACAAAAACUUCCUGUUUGUCUUUCAUGAACUGCUUGUGGUGCUUGCUGGUUGAUGAUGAUGCAAUGGGCUCAAAUUUUGAAGAGGAGGAGGAGGAUGAGGAUGAAGACCCUGUUGGUAAUCAUUUCCAAUGUCUCCAUGUCAAAUCUUCUGAACACUGCAAGUCGAGAACAGUUGAGCGUCCUCCAUGUCCAGGCAUUUGUCCACUGCUAACCAGUUGCCAGGCCUGCACGAAGGUUGGAAGUAGUGCACGGAGAAAUGAUUUGAGUGGGAGGACUGAUGGCUCAUGCGUGUGGUGUGUUGAUGAUUCUCUGUGCGUCAGCAAUGGAUCAACAUGCAGCACUCGCUCUGCUAACAGUUGGCAGGCUGACGCUCGCACCAACCUCACCACUGAAGACGAAUGUCUCCUGCACAACAAGAAACGAGGUCUCAACUGGAUCAAGUACAACCACCCGCCCAAUUCUCUCAUACCAGACCAGGUGUCCAUAUUGAAUGGUUCUACAUGCCAGUUUAAGUUUGAAGUGGUGACAGAACAAGAAUCAUCUUCAUUGGCCAGAGGGGUACUCAGAGGGUUCAUACAUCCGCCCUUUUCAAAAAUUCAGCAACCGAUAAUGUUGUCUGUCUAUGCUACUAAUGUUCCACUGAUUAUGUAUAUGAAUGAAGUAGUUGAUGGCCUAGUUCCAAAGACAAAAACGAAAGUAGCAGAGAUCAACCAGACAGUGUACAAAUCCGUGAACAUUCCAGUCCCCACUCCGAGUGCCCUCAAGGACACCAAGUACCUCGUCGAGAUUGACAUCAACAAGAUGGACAACAACAUCAGGAGUCCCAGUGCUGGUGCGACCGUCUCCAUAAAAUGGAACAUCACCAACAACCUGCCGAGGAGGAAUGAGGUGAUCCAACCAGACUAUUUGGAGUUGUACCACAGUACGGGUGGAGAGGGUUGCGGUGAACAGAUCAGCUGCCUCUCCUGUCUGACUGAUCAUCUAUGUGGCUGGUGUGCCGGAAGCCACACAACUGUUGAAUCCUGUCUGCGGGACGACAACGAGUGCGUCUGGUGCGAGAGUACCAACCGAUGCUUCCGGUUCGCCGAGUACAUUCCCAGCUUCCUGUACGUCGGUUGUCGGAUCUGGAUGGGCAUCGACUCUCGUGUGAGCAGGCCACCGUGUGGCAGUCUAACCAACUGUUCGUCUUGUCUGCAGGAGAGGUGGUGUGGAUGGUGUGGCCUCACCAAGAACUUCAACGUUGGCUUGUGUCUCGAUGGGGAUUUUUCAGGACCUUAUUACGCCACGUGCGACACAAACCUUCUCAGCCAAGUUGUCAUGAAUGCUUCACGUCCAUCUGUCUUUAUCACGUCCUCUUCUUCGACGCCGUCUCCAUCAUCGUCCUCCCCAUCAUCACCAUUUUCAUCAUCACCAUCUACAUCUUCAUCACCAUCUACAUCUUCACCAUCUACAUCUUCAUCGCCAUCUUCUUUGACGUCAACAUGGUCAUAUUCCGUUUGUCUGGAUGUUGACGAGUGCGAAUUGAACACGCACUCCUGCCACGAGAAUGCAUCUUGCAUCAACACGUACGGCUCGUACAGGUGCACCUGCAAUAAGGGCUUCAAGGGAGAUGGCAUGUUGAACUGCAGCAGAACAUGUAUGGAAGCCUGUGUGCAUGGCGCUUGCUCGUCGGCAACAUUCACGUGCGUCUGUGACCUCGGCUGGACGGGCCCACAAUGUGAUGUUGAUUGCCUGUGCAACAAACACAGUACAUGCCUCGAAGGAGGUGUUGGUGUUUGUGACGCUUGCCAACACAAUACCAUCGGGUCUUAUUGCGAGCUCUGCCUGCCUGGUUACUUUGGAGACGUUAUGUCGUCUCAAGGCUGCGUGGAAUGCCAGUGCAACAUGCAUGGAGACAUGGACGAAGGAACAUGCAACAGCACAAGUGGUGAGUGUUACUGCACACACCACACUACUGGUAAACAUUGUGCUGCCUGUCUCUCUGGCUUCUACGGAGAUCCCAGGAAUGGAGGUCGUUGUUAUCAGAGCUGCGAGAACAAAUUGAUCAUCACCAAUGCGACUUCCGGUGGUCUCGGCCGCAUGCUCGGACAGCAGCAACUUUCACAACUUCAAAAGCCACAGCACGUCUUCUGUGUCGCCAUAAUUACGCCACAUAACUCAACAUCACUAUCAUCUUUAUUGAAUAAAACAUCGUCGUCGUCAUCGUUCUUUUCUGUUAAAGACCAAAGAAAAGUUAUUGAACUGACAAUUGACAUAAAGAACAUACUUUGUUACAAGGAUUUUCUUUACAUUUAUGAUGGCAUACCGGAACAAUUUCUAUUACCAUCGUCAGCCACUUGUUCAUCGUCGUCGUCGUCACCAUCACCUUCGUUUCCUUCUUCAUCAUCAUCUUCAGCCAAAUUGAUAGCAUCAAUAUGUGAUAACAUGAUAACAUCACCAGCAAAGUAUUAUAUAUAUUCCGAGUACUUGGUCAUCUUCUACGAGUCCUUCCAUGCUAACGGAGUUUUGACGACGUCAGCUCUCUCCUCCUCCUUCACUGGUCCCACGCCAUCCUUCUCCGUUGGUUUCAACGCAAGUUUUCAAGUGUUGCCUUAUCAACAUGCAGUUGCUGAUAUAACAGUUUGUCAGGAUGAAUUGAACAAGAAUCUGCAGGCAUAUUCACUGACGUAUUGUGGUUGUAGUAACGACAGCAGUGACGAUAAUGGAACGACCGGUGUGAAUGGAUUGUAUUUAUUUGGAGGCAGAACCAAUGAGAAAGUGUUGAAUGACUUGUGGUUCUACGAAAUAAAUGCUCGCAAAGUUCAUCCAAGUGAGGACGCUGAAGCCAACUGGCUACUGCUUGAUGUGGAAUGUUCCACCAGACCACCUGCCAGAUAUAUGCAUGCGAUGGUAUGCAUCGAUGGCAAGUUGUACCUGUAUGGAGGUGUGCUGGGCGGCCCUGCAGAUGAUGUUGAUGACGACCGAGCAAGCACCGACUGGAACAGUGAGCAAUCCAUCUAUUCCAAUCAGCUGUGGGAAUUUGACCUGCAUACGAAACUAUGGAGCUUGAUAAAGCUGCCUACGUCAUCGCCCUUGCUGUCACUGCCCCAUCUGGCGGGGCACACGAUGACGUCGAUAAAUGAUGACGUCAUCGUCGUCAUCGGGGGUGUGCCCGUCAGUGAAUACAUUGUGUAUACUUAUGAAAUUGGUCGAUCUCAUUUCAGGGGUGUUCAACAUCUGGGCUAUGGAGUCAAAGGAAUAUAUGGCCAUGCAUCGGCUUACCAUUCAAUGGAACGUACCAUUUUUGUACAUGGGGGGUACCAGCUCAACGGCUCUGCUUUUUCAACGUCCAAUAGAUUGCAUGCAUUAAAAGUUCAUGCCGGCUCCAACGGUGAUGUGGAUCUGGAUAAUGAUAGAAACUUCAGGUGGUGGAUGUUCGAGGAAGAUGGCAUACAGGACCUAAGCAUGCAGUGGCAUGAUAUGAUCUUGCUGGAUGAUUACAUCUUUCUGAUUGGUGGAUCCUUUCCCUCCUCCCGGUCAUCAUCAUCGUCGUCGUCGUCAUCAUUACUUACAUCAUCUACUUCUUCAUCGUCAUCAGCAUUCACUCAGUUUCUUUCAAUGGGCCACUUCACGGCCGUCCAUCUGAGCAACACAGUCUACGGUCUGGCGAGGAAGUACAAGGCAGAUGAGAGCGUUGGCGUUUUGGUGUCGCUAGUUGUUCCUACGAACUACUGCCAGCUGGUCAUCAGCGAAGAGGACUGCCUCAAAGUUAACGGAUGCAUAUUCAACUAUAAGUUAAAUGACGCCGACAAACUCUGCGUGUGUUGCGAUAGGGGUGGUGGAGAUGAUGAAGAUGAGGAUGAAGAUGAGGAUGAAGAUGCGGAUGAGAAUGAUCUAGCUAAUGCCGACACUAACAUCAAAUGCAUAUAUUCAACUACAAAAUUAAGAGCGUCAUCGUCUUCUGCAUCUUACUUCUCGUUGUUUGAUGACGUCAUUCCUGACAUGAGCAACUUGAAGUGUCACAAAUUGAAGUUCGACAAGCAUAACUGUGCCGACUACAAGUCAUGCAAGAGUUGUGUCCUUGCAAUUGAGAAUUGUUCCUGGUGCCACAAUUGUUCGCAGUGCAUCGAGUCGUCAUUCGAUUGCCAGUCAACCUGCUCAUCAAAACGACCGCCACUAUUAACAACCAUCACCUCAUCAACUUUGACGUCACCAUCCUCCUCCUCCUCCUCCUCCUCCUCCUCCUCCUCCUCCUCCUCUUCAUCAUCAUCGUCGUUGUCGCCAUUUCCUUCACUUCCGUUCUUGAAACUCUUGAAUGUUUCCGAGUGCUAUGCUUACAGGAACAUCCAUGCAGAUGAACGCGACGAUGAUGAUGAUGACGACGACGGGGAUCAUGAUUAUGAUGGUGAUAACUGCAGUGGGAUUGAGAACUGUGAGGAUUGCAUGCACAAUAAAUAUUGUAGAUGGGCCACUAGCAAAUGUAAUCCUCUGGUUUCCGACAAGCAAGAUGACAGCACUGGCUGCCCAGCGGACAGAUGUGUGGAUAGGUACAGCAGCAGGAGACCUCAGAAGACAACUCCAUCAUCACCGCCCUUCUCUGGCGCAAGGAAGAAAUUAAACACAAAUCAAGCUCAGCACGGCAAACAACAACAACAACGACAUCAUAAUCAAAACCACCAACGUCCCCAGCAAUGUUUUUCAAGAUGUUAUGCUCAGAGGAACUGCAAAGAUUGCGUGCUGGAGAACUGUUCCUGGAACACCCUCAACAAUGUGUGCAUGCCGACCAGUCAGAUCGACAUCCUGUGCUCCUUCGGGCAGUGUGGCUCCCUGGUGACCACAAACUACGUCAGCAACGACGUUUCCUUACAAAAUGUCAGCAGUACCUGUCCGUCGGAAUGUUCUCAAAACACUCUCUGUGAUUCCUGUUUGUCGAAUCCUCACUGUGGUUGGCUGCCAAGUAAGUUGUCGUCGUACACGGGGGCUGGUUGCUGCAGACAGGGGGGUCUUGGUGGGCCUUCCUCUUCAGAAUCCUGUCCUCGUGAUGAGGCUAACGAUAGUGUUGGUUACCCAUUAACGCAAAAUAGCAUGAGCGGUGCACAGUCAGCAAGCUCAACAACAACUACAUCGACGACAUUGAGUGAACAUCUGCAGUGGCAUUACUUCUCCUGUCCACCGGAGAAUGAGUGUCUCAACGGUCACCACAACUGCAACAAUAUGACGCAAAGAUGUGUGGACAAGCUGCUUGGCUUUGAGUGUACCUGCAUGGAUGGAUACAUCUUCCAUGAUAAAUUGAACACUUGUGUGCCGUACUGUCCAGGUGGAUGUGUGCACGGCAACUGCGUACGUCCAAACGUUUGCCAGUGUUUAUUCGGCUAUGUUGGUCUCAAUUGUAGUUACGAGUGUAAAUGCAAUAAACACAGCCAGUGUAAAAGUGAAACCGAACUGAACAAAUGCAUGCAGUGUCUCAACAACACCAUGGGUCUGACAUGCAACAAGUGCAAGCCUCUCUAUGUUGGUGACCCGGUCAACGGCGGCAGAUGUAGGCCGUGUCAAGAGUUCUGUAACAAUCAUUCGCGCGUCUGCAUGUCGUCAGAAGAUUUCAUCCAGACCAUCAAAUAUCCUGCACUGGCCCUUGACUAUGAAAAUGUAACCAAUUGGUUGAAGAAUGGGUCUUCAGAUGAGAAGAGCACGAAAUGUUUGAACUGCAUGCAUAACACUCAUGGAGACCGAUGUGAAAAGUGCUCCGUGGGAUUCUUCAGGAUAGCCACCCAGCAACGAUCUGAACCGUGCACCAGAUGUCAGUGCAAUGGCCACAGCGACCUCUGUGAGCCAGAAAAAGGAGAUGGUUGUGAUUGCCGCAACAACACGAAAUCUCCUCGAUGCAGCUCAUCUGACCCCCCUGAGAAGUGCUACCUUGCACAGUGUUCUCAAUGUAUGGACAACUUCCUUGGCACACCGACUAACCACCACCAGUGUUACAGACACUUCUCAACAGAUAGCCAAUAUUGUUUUGAUCCCACCAGUCAGAUGAACUGCAUGCCCAUGAAGGAGCCCAAUCCACUCCUUCAAUUCAGAACUCUCUUUUUUGCUAUUCAACCGCGAACUAACAACGUGAACAUAAGAGUUUAUGUUGAUGUCACCAAGGGAGGCGUGAAGGUAUUUUUGGCACCGUUUGACAACGCAUUCCAAGUCUUUGUCGAUCCUAUCACCGGUGCUCACAGCGUUAAAAUUGAUCCUCAGUAUAAGUUGGUUGAUUUGUCAAAUAAUGUUGCUGACAGGAGUCAUAAAAAUAACAAUGGCAGUGAUGGAGGUUCAAGUUAUAACAUUAAUAAUGCAAAUGAUGGUGAUGAAGAAGAAGACGAGGAGAGUGAUGAUGGCCUCUAUGACACUAGAUACAGCAAUGACCAGACUGCUGGUCAGGAAGGUAGCCAGAAAGAAGCUCUCAAGCUUGAUGAUAGUGAUCAGAGUGAUGAAGAUGACGACGAUGUUGAUCAUUAUGAAAGAUAUCACAAUGACUUUGACGACACCGAUGAUGAUAGUUAUGAACUCAGUUUUUCGAAUGUUGUAACGUUAAAGAAUAAUCUCAGAAAACGAAAAGCGGCUACGCCAGCUUCAAUCAACACGACACCAACUUUCAAUAGUUCCUCGUCGGUUAAGAUUAAAUUAAAUUCUAAGCAGAAGCUGCAUGCGCAGUCUAAUAAAAAACAGAAUAAAAGCAACCAGAGCAGCGAAAAGAAACAAAUUAAAAAGACGAAUAGACUGACAACAACAUCCACCAGAUCUUCAACUACGAAAAUUACUAACAGGUUGGAUAUCAUUUCCAGCACUAGAGCUACCACAACGUCUACAACCAAAACCGCCUCCACUUCCUCGCAGACGGCUGCAACAUUGCUUUUGAAUGUCAGAGACCCGCAGCUACUGAAAUAUAAUUUUGUAAAGAAUGUAAAUAACAAUAAAUAUUACACCCUUGAAAAACGAACUGCCGACAAACAUGUAACAUAUGUGACGUUGAGUCAACCUGAUUCAUUCUUAAUAGUUGAUAAUGUCAAAGAUAGAUUGGUCGUUCAGAUAGCAAGCAAUAUAUAUCCAUUGAAAGCUACUCGGUUUUACAUGGUCAUUCUUGGGAACGAGCCAGCGUCCUAUGGGGGCGUUUAUACUCGUCACGACACAUCUCACAUUGAUUUAUUUGUAUUUUUCUCGGUGUUUUUUUCAUGUUUCUUUCUUUUCUUAGCUGUCUGUGUAUUGCUAUGGAAAGCCAAGCAGAUGUACGAUGCCCAUACCACAAGAAGCCAGAACCUUCUGGAAAUGGAACAUAUGGCGUCCAGGCCAUCUGCUCGAAUCAUUGUUGUUAUGGGUGAUGAGCUUGAUGAAACAUCGUCGUCAUCGACAGCCGAAAUAAGGUCAACGUCGUCGUCAUCUGAACAAUUGAUGUCCAACGUUUCAGUUCCCGCCACACUUACAACCGUCUUGCAAAAGGGUUCUCGUAAAUUUUUUUCACACGAUUCACCGAUGACCAUUGUAACCACUACACACAAACAAGACAGCGCAACCGCACCAAACCUGGAAACUGAUGUUAAUAAAUCCAAACAGCAAUUACAUCAGAUGCAACAAAAUAGUGCCAAGAAGUUGAAAAAAUUGCGUGUCUGUCCCGUAGCUAUGGAAUAUAACCACAACAACGUGGCCUGCGUAGCUACUUUCUUGUUUGAACUACCUGGAGCGAACUCCGCGAGGGUGAGAGCUUGUUUUGGGUCAUGUUUAGUUGUACCGUCAUCAAACAGCAACAUCAACAACAAUCACCCGGGUAGCUUCCAUCAUAGCGGUGUCAAAAUAUGA